AACAAAACGAAACCCUAGCCCAAAAAAAGUGGUGACUCUGAUGGCCCUACGGCUUCUUCUCCGCAGAAAUCAGUGGAACACGAAGAAAGCAGGCAUCACGUUCGGUUUAACCAACCACCGUCUCUGCCAUUCUCUGCCCUCCCCCACCACCACCGGUACCACCUUAGGGCCCAAUGUCCAUGUCCCUGAGAGAAAUUUGGCAGAUGAUAUUCGAGAAACUUUGACCAAUGGUAAAAUAACUCUGGAGCAACUUGUCAGACUCAACUACGCUAAUCCACAUAUAGGAGAACCCUUGGACGUCCAGGACGCUCACAAAGAUGAUCGUCGGAUUUUUCUCGCCCAACUCGCAGUAUCCAUGAUCAAUGACACUAGAAGAGACGAUUCAGAAAGGGUGGAGUUUGUGCGGGUGGUAAGCGCCAAGUGGCUACGGGUUAAUGGCAAAAUUAACUGUAUUACUCUAGAGGCAGCGUCAAUUAAUGAUGAUGAUCGAAUCACAAAGUUUUACGAGGCAAAGUUUCUCAAAAGAAGAAAUUGCCUCAAGUUGAUGAGUUGGCGCGAGCUCGAGUCUCCUCCUAUCACCACUCAACCUUCGGUGGAUAAACGACCACAGGAGCUGGCUCAGUUCCCCACUAAAAGAGAGAAUGAAGAGCUUUUGGAACCAACCCAUACUCCUCCCUCAAUGGAUUCCGGUAAAAGUGAAUGGGUCAACUCUUUUGUAGAAAGAAGUCAAGCUAAAGUUUCCAAGCGUAGGCAGGAAGAAGGCCUUAUCACGUAGCUGAGCCUCAAGCACGACCGAUUGAUUCAUUUUGAAGGCUGCCAGUUCCCGAUUCAUGAGUGUUUCUGUCUGCACAGCUCAUUUCUCUAAACUAUAGGUUCAACUUAGUAAAAAAGAUCCUUGCUCUAAACUAUAGGUUCGACUUUCUAAAAAAAAUCCUUGCGAGUCACAGUUCUCGAUUUUGGAAUGGAGGGAGUAAUUUUUUUUCGAUCUUAAUGAUUAGAAUCAUCAAUUCAACAAUCAGAAUAUGGAGUUUUUGUUUAUUCCUCUAAAUUGGAGAGAGACUUGUGCUGGCUUGUUUGAAUUAUAUGUGCAUGUAAUGUAUAUUACUUUGGUAAGUCUUUGAUGUAAGGAUCUUUACCUUAGCUAAACACAAUAUUGUUCGUUUUUGGUUUUUCCGGACCAAAGAUUUUUU